AUGUGCAAUUCACAUCCUGUAUAUGUUGUUUCCAGCUGUGGGCAGUUUGGUCUGGCUGUACGGGUUCUUCUGGUUCCUGUUCGCGCUGCUCCUGCUGUUACUGCUGCUCCUGCUGUGCUGUUGUUGCUGUUUCUGCUGCUGCGGGCACUGCUGUGGCAGGAAACGGGUCAAGAAGGACAGGAAACAGAAAUGACUGUGGAACACAAGAAACAGCUGCUGAAGUACAGGGAACCUAUUGUCGAACACGUCAACCCGUAUCCAGUGGUGGACCACCUCGUUGCUAGAGGGUGCAUCACUAAGUCCACGGGUGGUGAGAUCAGUAAGCUGGAGUCGCCUGACGCUAUCCGGCGGGUCCUGGACGUGAUGCCUGCCCGGCCGGACCCAACCUUCUACCACUUCUGUGACGCCGUCCGCCUGCAACACCCCUGGCUGGCCGACAGACUGGAGGGAAAAGUGAGCAGAGUCAAUAGCAGUUCAUCAGACAUACCAACCAUCAAGUUUGAAGACACUGUCGACGUGGCGCCUGCCGGAGUGACAGAAACCUCGGCUCUCCUCAGUACGGGGCGUCCUGUAGAACCGUCGGGCGACACGAACCAUGGCGCGGAGGAUCAUGGGAUAAAAACUCAGACGACUCACUCUGACGUCACCUUCACCAACAUGACCAACGUCACUAACGUCACCAACGUCACCAACGUCAUGUCCACUGUCACGUGA